AUGUCACACAAUCAUCACGACGGACAUUGCAGCCACGAGAGCAACGACAACGACCAUGACCAUGACCAUGAUCACGGUACCAGCGACCUUGGCCCAAAUGAUAAUCUGUUCCCGCACAUUGACCGCGCCAACGUUGUCGCACUCAACGCCACAAGGGAAGGCUCAGUUGCUGUUAAACCCUGGGAUCAGAGGAACAACGAGGAAGCUUUUUUGGAGUCGGAUGCUGACGAUCAGCUAAUUUUACGUAUCCCUUUCACCGGAUCUGUCAAGCUUCGGUCUUUACUUUUGAAGACGGGCCCGGCUGACCAGACCCCAACAAAAGUUGCUUUGUUUUCGAAUCAGCCCAGCAUGGAUUUCAACGACGUUUCUGACAAGGUGCCUGUCCAAGAAUUCGAUAUUCCUCAGGACAGGAAUAUUGCGGAGUACGCUGUCAAGACGGCAAAGUUCAACAACGUGUCUUCCUUGACGUUAUUCUUUCCCGCCUCACAGGGUGCGGAUACGACAAGGAUUUAUUAUGUCGGUCUCCUUGGUCAUUGGACUGAGCGCAAGAGCGAGCCAGUCAUCACUAUAUAUGAAACUCAGGCUAAUCUUGCCGAUCACGAAAAGAUUCAGGGAACAAACGAUAACUUCAAUACAACGCAAUCCUAAUAAAAUGCAGAUUCCCUAUAACAUAACUACCAUGCGAUAAAACAGUAAGGUUCUUGGUGUGUGUGUGUGUACAAAAUAGCAUGCAAGUGCAUAUGAUGUAUAGUGGAGCAUAACAAUCAAUGUAAAAGUCUGAACCCACGCUUGACAUCGCCUAUAUUCACAGUAUAUCCAUCAUUUUGUUCUCGAGGAGCAAACAACGCCUUGAAGAACCAUGCUCCAAAGCCGACGAAGUAAUUGAGAUGGUCUAGUCAAUCACGAGGGGUUCAUUCCUUGU